AUGAAUUUCUCCAUUGUUCUCCUUUUGGCUGUUGUUGCUGUUGCCAGCGCUUUCCCAAGAGACAGAAGACAAGCCAUUAUUGAAAAAACCGUCAUCACUAGAACAGGACCAGGAUUCGGUGGUAACUCUGGAUUCGGAGGUGGACCAGGAUUUGGAGGUGGACCAGGAUUCGGAUCAAGAUCUGGAUUCGGAGGGGGACCAUCUUUCGGAAACAACAGAUUCGGUGGAAGCCAAUACGGAGGCAGCAGAUUCGGUGGUGGACCAGGAUUCGGUGGCCCAGGAUUCGGAGGACCAGGAUUCGGAAACCAAAAUACCGUUGUCAAGACUACCGUUAUCCGUCACGGAUAG